AUGACAUUUCUUGCAUUGCUUUUGCUUUUAGUGUCUUGUGAUUCACUCUCAAGUGUAAGAGCAGCAAGUAACCAAGUCUCAUGUAAAAGAACCGAGGAGUGUACCCCAGACGUGAUUACAUGUUCUCCAGAAGCUCCUGCUGAAUGUCUCAACAAUGGAUGCCAAUGCAUCCCUAGAGUUGCAGUGAAAGCAACAAAAGGAUUCCCAUGUCAAACAACUGAGGAUUGUGACUCGAAGGCUGUUAGAUGUACUCCAGAAGCCCCUCUCGCAUGUCUCGACAAUGUAUGCCAAUGCAUCCCUGACCCUACCUACCAUUAG